AUGGUGCCAAGGUGCCGCCUGCAGGGAGUAGCUAGCGUGGUUUCAGUGACGUACAUCUAUGACGUCAAACCGUUCUUCGGCAGGCAUCCGCACGUGGAGACACUGGGCUACCACCUUUUCGAAAACUUCACAAAAAAGACAUCGUCACUAUGCACAUUCCUGCUGGAGAGCGUUGAAGCCGAACGAUCACUGCACUGCUCCUCAGGCAAGCUUCUCUUGCAAGAAUUAAGACCUGCUACAUGGUCAUCAAUGUACCAUGACAGUGGCCAAGGAAGGGAACGCAUCCAAAUCCCCGCUGUACCCAGCUCGCUGCGCACCCAAAUCACCCAAUUUGUCGUGCGAGCAAUACCCCGCGCACUGCGCGAGCCACCACCCGCGCAGCGCAGGCAACCCAUCCGCGCAGCGCAGGCAACCCAUCCGCGCAGCGCAAGCAACCAUCCGCGCAGCCAAAUCCCCACUGCACCCAGCUCGCUGCGCACCCAAAUCACCACUGCACCCAGCUCGCUGCGCACCCAAAUCACCGAGUAA